AUGGCUUCUGUGAUUGUGCGCAUUCUGCUCGUGAAACGAUCGGGGGACAGAGCGGUGAAGACACUCACCCAAGUGUACGAUAUAGGCCCUCGGAGCCCAGGAGGGUACAAAGGCCAGUGGAGAGCACCCAGGUCCAGCGAGGAUCAGGAACCUUGUGACAUGCCACUCAGAGCCACAUUGCUGUUGCUAGCCCUUGCCCUGCUGGGGACCCCCGCUUGCUGGGCAGGCUCCAUGUAUGGCUGGGGAGAAGGCAAACAAUUCAGGACUGUUUUAGCCAGAGCGGAUGAGAUCACGGGCAUUCGGUUCUGCAUCGGUCUGCUUGGACUGUUUAAAAGUGUCCAGGUGAAAGUUGGACCCUAUUGGAGCAGGAAAUAUGGCACCUUCGGUGGGGAGUAG